GGGGGUUAGGUGCAAUGUAAAGUUGCCACAUGACACCCACUGGUGCCCUGCCGUUGGAUGAUUUUACUCGAGGAAAAGACGCAUUCAAGACCUUUCAGGAUCAACCCACGAGGCAGCAGUAACAACAGCAGCAGAUGCACCGGAGAGCAGCAAUGGUCAAGUCAGCGAGAACCGCAGUGGAGCCGCACUGAGGCAAAGCAGCCAACCAGCCCCCGCCGUAUCUGGGGAUGUCUCCAACAAUUUAAGGGGUGUGGGAAGCUGAGGAGUGGAAAAUUUCCCCCGAACCUGAAUGCCCGCUCAGUCAGACUAGCCGACAUCCCAACACAACUCCUCCUCCUCCUCCCAAAAUGACCGUGGUAGCAGGAGAUAACAUGGACGAGACCUCAGCUGUCCCUGGCCACCCUCAGGACACCUACCCGCCAGACCACAAUGACCACGAAUGCUGCGAGAGGGUGGUCAUCAACAUAGCCGGUCUCCGGUUUGAGACACAGCUGAAAACUCUCUCCCAGUUUCCAGAAACGUUGCUGGGCAACCCUAAAAAGCGGAUGCAGUACUUUGACCCUCUGAGAAACGAGUACUUCUUCGACAGAAACCGCCCCAGCUUCGAUGCCAUCCUCUACUACUACCAGUCUGGGGGUCGGCUGAGAAGACCAGUGAAUGUCCCGUUGGAUAUGUUCUCAGAAGAAAUCAAAUUUUAUGAGCUGGGAGUGGAGGCGAUGGAGAAGUUUCGUGAGGAUGAGGGUUUCAUCAGGGAGGAAGAGCGUCCUUUACCUGAGAAGGAGUUCCAGCGUCAGAUUUGGCUCCUCUUCGAGCACCCAGAAAGCUCAGGCCCUGCGAGAGGGAUUGCCAUAGUGUCUGUGAUGGUAAUCCUAAUUUCAAUAGUCAUAUUUUGUUUAGAGACUUUACCACAGCUGAAAGAGGACCCAAUGGGUCGAAAAGUGAGAGUUGGGAACACUACUAUGUAUUACAAGCCAAAUAUCCUCACUGACCCCUUCUUUGUCAUUGAGACACUCUGUAUAAUCUGGUUCUCCUUUGAGUUGAUAGUACGUUUUCUGGCGUGCCCAAGCAAACCAGCCUUCUUCAAGAACAUGAUGAACAUGAUCGACAUAGUGGCUAUCAUUCCCUACUUUAUUACACUUGGCACCGAGCUGGCUGAAGACCCAGAAAAAGAGGGGGUGGGGGAGCAGGCAACAUCUCUGGCCAUACUCAGGGUGAUCCGUCUGGUCAGGGUGUUCAGGAUCUUCAAGCUGUCACGACACUCCAAAGGACUGCAGAUUUUGGGGCAGACCCUCAAAGCCAGCAUGCGAGAGCUCGGAUUGCUGAUCUUCUUUCUGUUCAUUGGAGUCAUCUUGUUCUCCAGCGCUGUCUAUUUUGCUGAGGCAGAUGAGCAAGGAUCCUACUUUGGCAGCAUCCCGGAUGCAUUUUGGUGGGCUGUUGUGUCUAUGACAACUGUGGGCUAUGGGGACAUGGUCCCGGUCACUAUAGGAGGCAAGAUUGUAGGAUCUCUGUGCGCCAUCGCCGGAGUGUUGACAAUUGCGCUCCCAGUGCCUGUCAUUGUGUCCAACUUCAACUACUUCUACCACAGGGAGACCGAGGGAGAAGAGCAGGCCCAGCUGCUCAACGUCAGCAAUCCCAACAUCCCAUCUGAAACCAACUCCAGCCGCCGUAGUUCAUCCACCGUCAGCAAGUCAGAGUACAUGGAGAUUGAUGGAGACAUAAACAAUAGCAUUGACAACUUUAGGGAGGCUAACCUCAGAACUGGCAAUUGCACUAUAGCCAACCAAAACUGUGUAAAUAAAAGCAAGCUGCUUACAGAUGUUUAGACACUAGUUAAGAACUUUGGGAUCUCUAUGGGACUGUCAUAUGUGGAGUAGACCAUCAGUUAGGAAUGCUUGAUUUACCUCCCCAAAGCACUCUAUGUCAAUAGGCCUACAACUAUGCUCAGCUAUAUGGAAAGGAAACAGAUAAAACAAAGUUCUUAGAGUAUAUGACAGGUAGAUAGAAUAAUUAAUUCUUCUGAUCCUACAAAUAUAUAGGUACAUCAAAAAGAAAACAUCAAUUAUUACGCAUAUACACGGCUCCCUGGAGGACGCAGAGCACACACUGUCUUAUCAGAUGACGACGUGAUAAUUAAAAUCUUAUGCAUGGAGUACAGAUGACAUUUCAGCAAGUUGCACAAUGCACCAGAAAAGUCUGCAGAGACAUGCAAGCAUCUGCAGCCAAGUGGUAAGCGCCAAGAAGUUAGGUGACCCCCGCUGCCCCCUCCUCCUCUCUCCUCUCUCCCUACAAAGGAUCUACUAUUCAGCAAAGCACCUUAUAGGAGGAAGACUGAUCUCUCUUGUUUGGAUGUAAAGUGAUGGUGAUCUACAUGCUUCACGGACAUCCGCAAUGCUGCUGUUUUCCAGCAGAUGCUGUAAUUGUGAUAUCACCAAGUGAUUCAAUGCCAUGCCCUUUAGAUGCAACACAGCACAAUGAUAAAGUGAGCUUCACACGAGCAUGAUUAGAGACUUUCCAUUUUGAUAUCGGCAUGCAUGAGACAUAUCUCACAUAAUGGAAAGGAUGUUCUUUUGGAUACCUGCCUCCAUCACCCCGUUCUCAUCUGUUUUCAUACUGAGUGCACUGGAUGAGUUUUUGAUUUGAAAUGCUAAUCAUUUAGAAGUAUAGAAAUUGAAUGUUAAAUCUUAAGGGAACAGUACAUAAAUGAGAUCAUAGCAUGAAAAAAGUAACCUGCAUUAUGGUCUAUUGACUAAGGUACUUUUGUAUCCUGGUAUAUUUAAUGCAUGACAUGAGUAUACAGCUUGUUGCAGUUCAGGCACUCUGCAGUGCCCUAUUGUCAGGGAAACUAAGGAAAUCAAAUUCUGGAUGUUUCUGAAUUGCGAUCAAAUAUAUCCAAACCCACCUUGAGGAUGCAGAGUUUCUAAUUAAAAGUAGUCAAAGAAACUGAAUAAAUAUUAUCAAAAAUGCAUAUAAUCAUAAUAAGCACCAAUUACAGUAUUACGUCAAUAGUGCAGUGCAUGGACCUUCUUUGAACAAGAAAAGUUUCAUUAGUCAUGCUUCCAUUUACACGUCAAAUUUGAGUACAUAUUGGUUUGGAAUCCACUAAAAAAAGGAUCAAUACCAAAUUUCACUUCAUAUUACAGAGAAUUAUUCUGACAUUAGUUGCUAGUGCCUUUAUCCCUUUCACCAACAGGACCAGUGAAAGUGCCUCUGUGUACAAGGGGAUUUGUGAGGUUGAGCAGAGCGGGUUUACCUACUGUUCUAGUGUUGAUACACUGUUGGUUUUGAUGUUAAUGAUGCCAGAUGAGCAAGGUUGAAACAGCAGGUGAUUGUGGUCAAAAAGAAAAAAGAUGAUCCAUGGCUGUUAUGCACAACACAGUUUUCAUGCUGUCACGCACUUAAUUAUGCCCUUAAGCAGCGAUGUAUUGUACUCUGCAUGUUUACCAAGCCAAUUCAAAAGGGAAUAUCCAUAGGUUUUAAACAGAUUUUAUUUAUGUCUGUUGUUUUUGUUCGUGCACCAUGCAUCCUUUCAGGGUCUCUACCUCAGUGAGGUCAUUGCAAACUUGCUGCAGAGCUGCAAGCUUCAAUGCAGGGCUUCCUAUACCAUAAUGCAAAAUGGAACCUUAAGUGUAAACUGCAGUCAUGCAACAUUGAAUGUGAUAGUCCCAAAGCAUAGCCUUUACACAAACACUUAGGGCAAAUAGUGUACCACAAUCCUGCUCCUUUUUUUUUCACUUAAAGCUGCGCACAAUCAGAACAUUCAUUUGGAGAGAGUUUUUAAGAGAUUGCUUUACUCUCUUACCGGGAUGAGAUCGACUGUUUUAUAUGUUAGUUUCUUUGAAACAAUGGUAUCUAAAGUUACUGUUGUGUCACAGAAACACACCUGAAUGUGUUUCAACACACACACACACACGUAUAAGACGGUGGAGACGUUUGUUAUAGCAUUUAACAUCCUGCAAUCCGUGGGCAUUAUGAUGCACAGCAAGGUGCAGCCCGUCAUCAUUUUGUUCUGUUGCUUGAACCAUUAUUUUGCUUGUGAGAUUUUUUUUUCUUUUUCACCGGGCUUGCUCAUAAGUAGUGCAUUGCUUCUCAGCAUAUUGUUCCAGACUGCCUAACUGCAGAUAGAUUUGGACAAACUGUAAUGACUACUUGAAAAUCUCCAGCUACUGUACAUCAGUCUACCCUCAGUAUUGAGAUGAUUUCACCCAAAUGAUAGUAAGAUGUUGUACUGUACUGUACGUUCUUUUUUUAUUUAGCACUCUCCGGACAAGGUCCUGUAAAAAACAAGCUCCACUGCAGUACUACUUGAAUGUCAUAGUUAUUUCUGUUGGUGCAAUGGCUAUCCUUUGUGGUGCUAGUACAAGACUACCAUUGUUGGCUUGUUCCAUCACACGUUAUCUGAAGCAUCAGCUGAAGCAAGCCUUUGUUAAUUGUUCUGGACAAGACCUUUUCUUUCUAUAAUCCUUACUCCUGUUUUGUUGUUGUUGGCUGGUUGGUUAGUUUAGGGCACUGUUUGUCAUUUUAUUUGGAACUGAUCUUUGUACUGUACUGCUGAAGAGUGUCUGCCUCAGCCGAGGUAAAAAUUCAAGAGCCUUGCUAGUGUCAGUAGCUUAUCAUGAGAGCAAAAAAGAUACACAUUUGUGUCAGGGAUCUUUAAUUUGUAUAGGGUCUCUCGUGCAGAAGGACACCAAUAAUACCUAAUACCAUAUUUAUUAUAUUACUAUAUAGAGAGUGAUACAAGGUAAUUAUAGUGGUCUCAUAAAUGCAGCUAUCGGGAAAUUGUCUGAGAUUCUCGUACGACUGAUGCUUGAUGUGUGUAACAUGUCCUGCAGGAAACAGCUGACAGUGGGCUGAAGAAAAUACAAAUGAUACCCCUCACUUUAGCAGUGCUGCUGCUACUCUUGCUGUGAGGGCAUGUAUGGAUGGUGCUAUGCAUUCAGUUACCCAAAAGAAACAUGCAUUCUUAACAGCAAUAGAAUAACAGAUCGCCUGUUUCUUAGAUGCUUUUUGUAAAAAUAGAAAAACAAAUCUAUUUUGAAUGUCAGAAUAACUGCACAGAGCUGUUUAUGUACCAACCUCUCACCCUCUGUUCUGUGAUUUUGUAAGGUCAGUGGGGUCAAAUGUAGAGGCUGAUAUUUUAUUGCGAGAAACAUGUGAAAAAUCCAAAUAUAGGCCUUGUAAUGGUGGCAGUCCCCAUUAACCACGCAGGUCGGACUGGAGUUGUUUUGCAGUCAGGAACAAAGGCUGCUGAAGGGUUCCCUUGAACCUAUAACACAGUCCCAAAGGAACAGCCCAUAAUGCACUUAGAGAGGAUCUAUCAUCAGUUCACUGGACAGAUCAGCGGUGUGAGAGAAAGUCAGAGAAGGUGCCUAAAAUGUUUUACAUAUUCAUUUGUUUAGCUUACUGUUAGAUGUUAUGCUUCUGCAAACAAACACGAGAGACGAGCUCUAAAAAUUGACAUUAACCUAAUUAAACUGUAAGAAAAAACAUGAAAUAUCAUGAGAACAAAAAGCAAUUUAGCUACAAUAAGAAAGUAACCACUAUAUACUGCAAUUACGUAUGAAAAACAAUUUUAAUGUGUGUUUUUAGUUUCCUUUUUUUUGUUGUUGGUGGCACUGUAACAUGACUGAUUUAGGAAGAACAUGCCAUAUACUGGAAUAUCAAAGACAAUAUGUUCCUCUGGCAAGCCAUGAUAAUGAAAUUACUGUAUUAUGAUCAAUUGCUAUACACUAAAUGAUAUGGACAAGAAGUGUACUAUUAUAAGAAAAACAUGGUUUAUCUUUUUUGGUUUCAAAAAAAAAAAACAGGAUUCAUUCAAACACCAUGUUCACAUUUUUACAAUCUCCACUGCUGAACCUACUGCUGUAAUGUAUCUCUACAGAAACCUACUAAUCGCAAAAAACUGCAUGGUCGAUGGAAGACUGCAUGAGUUUUGCCUUUCAAACUGUGGAUCAACUAUAAUACAGUUGCAUCAUUUAAAAAAAAAAAAAAGAAACCCUUGCUCUCAUCUGCACCAAGGCUUCCUGUAAGGCCCUGUUCAGAAGGUGUCGUGAAGCGUGUCCUCUGCUGGAUUUCUUAAAAGCACCUUAGCGCUGACCUCAUCACUAAGACGACGUUGGGUAUCCGAGCCGCACUCAUCGUCUGUGUGUGAUUUUCAGGUUGUGCUUGCUAGGCUCUGAAUGUGAGCAAGGACAUUAAGGGCUAGUUUCUCAAACUUUAUCUCUGUUCUAGGACUGAAACGCUCUUUCAAGUGACAUUUUGCCCAUUGUUAUCUCAGUCUAGACUGUAGUGAUACUGUGUUGUGGGAAACAUGCCCAUCAUGUCUAAGCAGGGCCUGUGCCACACACCCUCCUCUGUACUACAUUGGUUUUAAGACAUUCUUGUUUGCUAAAGGUCUUGAUAUUGAACUGCUUUCUGCCUGCUCAGGAGGUACUGAAGGGAUCAAAUGUUGGGAUGUUGUGUACCUCACUCGUCAAAGGUGAUUAUUGAUGAAAAGAUCUUGUUUGUGUUAGAAGUGUGAUGCUAUGAGUUUGUCUUUUUCUGUCAAGAAUGCACAUUUAAUUGCUAGUAGGGAAGUUUUGGAGCAAAGCGCAAAAAGGACUGUUGAACUCUUCCGCUCUUCUUUUCAUCCACAAGCAAACCAAACUCUGAUUGUGUUAUCCAAUCCAGCCGUCAUUGUCAUGUUGUGUUUACCAAGGAUUAUGCUACAAUGUGUUCAGUUUGUCAGAUGAUGACAAAGGCAUGGUCUGUGAUCUAUGCAAGGGUUAUUUGUUUUGUUUUUUUCCUUAUAUCACUUAUGAUUUCAUCUUACAUUAACUUCAAUAAAUUUUUAAGGAUC